CAGGGGCCGUAACUGAUGUCCUGAGAGCCACAAGAGGGAAAAUCCAUUGGGGAUUUGGCUCCCAAAGAAGGGGUGGGAGGGGAACCCAGCUAACUUCAGUGUUUUCUGAGGGCUGGAACGAUGGGUUCCUACGCAGACUAUGAUGAGAAACUGCAGCCUCAAAGGGACCAGAGGGAUCCGGAGAAGCAGGACUUGGCCGAGCAGAGGGAGGGAGCCGUAUCCAUCCAGGACAUGGAGCUGAAGGAGGAAUGGCAGGACGAGGAGUUCCCGGGGCCUCUCCCGGAGGAGGUCUCUGAGGAGGACCUUGAAGACUCCGGCGGGGAGCCCAGCCUAGUCACCCCCAACACCCUGGAGCUGUGCGGGAAGCGGCACAUGAAGAAGCGGCUGCCAGCACCGGAUCUCAGCCUCUCUUUAGACCGGGCCGAGGGCUCGGUGCAGUCGGGUGAUUACCCGGAGCGCACUCCGGACGGCAGCCUGGACAUCAACGUGGACGAGCUGGAGACACCAUCCGAGAGCGAGCUGCUGGACGGGCCAGAGGGCGGCCAUGACUUUGAGUGGGAAGACGAACUGCCCAGGGCCCGGCGCCUGGACAGCACCCUGCUCGAGGAGAAACUCGGCGAGGGGCGCGUGGUGGACGUCGAGGACAAGGAUGGACGGAAGUGGAGGAUCUUCCUGAUGGACGAGCGGGAGCAGAAAGUGGAUCUGAGCGUCGUCGAGCCCUACAAGAGGGUCAUCUCCCAUGGGGGGUACUACGGAGAAGGCCUCAACGCCAUCAUCCUCUUUGCCUCCUGCUACCUGCCCCACAGCAGCAUCCCUGACUAUCAGUACGUGAUGGAGCACCUGUUCAGGUACAUCAUCGGGACGCUGGAGGUGAUGGUGGCAGAAAGCUACAUCCUGGUGUGUCUGAAUGGCGCCACGCUCCGCAGCCAGAUCCCGUCCUUCGGCUGGAUAAAGCAAUGCUACCAGACCAUCGACCGGCGGCUCCGGAAGAACCUGAAGGCCAUGAUUAUUGUCCAUCCCACCUGGUAUGUCAAGGCGCUGAUGGCCGUUAUCCGCCCCUUCCUCAGCUCCAAGUUUGGCAGGAAAGUGCAGUUCGUGGACAGCCUGUGGGAGCUGUCGCAACAGAUUCCUCUUGAGCAAGUGCACAUCCCCGACUGCAUCCGACAGCUGGAUCACAGCUGGAACGGCUCCAGGGACACAAAGCGGUGAUGCUGCACGGCAGCAGACCCCAGCGCCAGUAGGGGGCAGUCGCGCUGCGUAGUUCUGUAACUCCGUUACUUCUUCCCACCAGUGUUCCUUUAAAGGAGAAACCGAAACGACCGUGUUUGGGAAAGGCGGCUUUGUAAAUAGGUCCAGCUUAAAUGGAUGCAUUGGUUUAAACACUGGGGGGCUUCUAAGGUUAGGCCGGCUUAAAUGGAGGACUUGGCUUACACAGGUUUUUAUGAGUGCUGUUACAGUUAGAAACGUGACCGUAGGAGCAUAAGCGUUAUUGGGCUCAGUACGGGGUCCUCUGGCCUGUGAGACAGGCAGUCAGACCAGAUGAUCUAACGGUCCCUUUUGGUCUUGCAAUCCCUCAGAGCCCGAACCUCUACACUACACUUUUAUAGUUCCGCAGGCCGAGUCAGCUGACCCAGACCAGACACAGGGUUUUUAUCACAGUGUAGACGUACCCCUGUAGAUCUAAAACCAGAGUGGCUGUUGGUCUCAAUCGGACUGAUCCCGGUUGGCUUUAUGGAUGGAAACAAGUUUUUUUUCACCUGCAGCUACAGGAGAGGGAGUAAUUUUGCCUUAGCGCAGCGAUGGCCAAAGGAGGAGGAGUUCCUUUGAGCCCCGAAGAGCUGAUCUGGCUCUGGAAGAAGGCGCUGGAUUCCGUUCUGCCUCCUGCAUCCUUGUGGAAUCGGCACUUCGGCUCCAGCUGCAGAAUUCUGUUCCCAAGAGGCAGAUAAAGCCCAGGUCCUGGCAGCUGGAAAAGUGAUGCUCCAGUUUGUACGCUGACCAGCUCCAGGUUAGCCUGGAAGGGAGAGGGGAGAACGGGGACCCGCUGGGGAAAGUAGUGCGGCAGCGUUAGCUUUGUUAAUUCCUGGCACCUUUCAAGGGAAGUGUCUCCAUUUGCAAAUGGCACCGAAGCAGCCAGGACCCAGGUGGCUGGAAAUACCGUGCCCAGGGUCAAAGACUUCACUCUGCAUCCUGCCACAGCUCCCCCUAGGCAGUGACGGGAUGCUGCAAGCUGGCGAGCGGGACAAGGGCAAAUGUAUUUCACAGAGAGCGUUUUUCUCCCAAGCGUUUAUUGUCAGGAGUCUGAUGCAGGAAACUAACCAGCUCUCCCAACACCCAGGCCCAUAAUAACCUUGCAUUUAACUUUCCCAGACUACGCUUCCUUGCUGUUUGUCUCUGUCCGCUGCCCAGGCAUGCAUCCUUAGUCCUCCUUUAGUGUAAGAUCUCUUGGGUGUAUGUCCUCAGCCCCGCAUAACAUUGCACGUGUGGGGGCGAGGAAGCUGCCAGAGUUAACCCCGUGUUAUUCAGACAUUUUAAAGCAACAAAUGGCCUGCCACAUUACCGACAAACCCCCAGGCUGUUAAAGCUGCAGGAAGUUUUCAGAGCUGAGCGGGAGAUUUUCCAAGGCACAGCUGGCAAUUCACUCCCCAGGUGCCACUGACUUUCAAUGGGUGCCCAACAGCCCUAGGUGGCUUUGGCACGUCACUUUUCACCUCUUAGCUGUUCUCUUGUGUUUUGUUUCACUUGGGUUGAGGCAGAGAGUCUGUACCGAGCAGUUUCACUUUCUGGUUGAUGCUGCUGUGUUUGGGUUCCCAGUACUGCAAGGGGGGGUUGAAUUUUCACAAGCACCGAAGGGACUUUGAUGCAUUUUCAAGUGCCUUAUGGCUAGAGCCUCAAAGGUGCUUAGGUGCCUAACUCCCACGCAUGUCACUGGGAGUUGGGCACCUAAAUAUGUCUGAGACGUUGGGCCUUAGGAGCCUAGAUCUCACUGAAAGGUGAUGGGACUUCGGCGCCUGUCGCUUAGAUGCUUUAGAAAAUUUUACCCCAAGUCCCAUUUUCAAAAGUGACUUAGGCAAGAUUUUUAAAAGGGACUAGUGAUUUUGGGGGUCUGAUUUGAGGGGGCCUGACUUUCUAAGGGUGGGAGCUCGGCGCUUUAUGAAAAGCAGGGGCCUUUAAGUAUCUCAAGCUGUCGUCCCCCCUCCCCCAAAUGAGGCACCCAAAAUCGCCAGUCACAUUUCAA